CUGUAUACAUGUAAAGAUGUCGAGAUUUUUUUAACUAAGACACGACGACACGAACAUGUCGACACCGUUCUCGUCCGAAUCCUGGUGAAAGACGUGAAUGACAACAGCCCUGUGUUCUAUGAACAACGUUACAAAAAACUCCUAACAGAGAUACCAGAGCCUAAGACUGUGGUCGCCCAAGUUACAGCAUUCGAUAGGGACUCUGGGAUAAAUUCUGAGCUGGAAUACUUUAUAGUCAGCGGCAGUGACAGCCAUUUUCGUAUAGGCGAAAAGACUGGAGCCGUUUCAACGAGCGGAAGCAAAAAUCUAAAAUCGCAGAAUCUUCGUCUGUUUAACAUAAGAGUGUCAGUGUCAGAUUACGGGAACCCUCCGCGGAAGGCCAAACGGCAGGCUCGACUCUCUGUACUAGUAUUCUUUCCACUCCGGUCACCUCUCAUUCUAAUCGAAACAACGGACACAACCAUGACAGUUCGUUUUGACUUGAAGGACAUGGCACGAAGCAACAUCGCCAAAUAUGGCAUCAUUGUUCAAGAAUUUGUUGAUAACAACAACGAGUCUUUACCACAACCAAAGGCAGCAUUCCAAAAGGAAGCGAGAAAGAAUUAUGAUGCAGUUGUAUACAGUGUCGGCACUGCUCUGGUGUUAGUCAUUAUAUUAGCCUUUCUGAGGGGAUUCUAUCGAUUAAAAUUGGAUAGAAAGAGGAUUCAUGAAGAGAAGAAGAAGCGUAUUUCAUUUCCCAUGAGUAAUCCACGGUUCCAGGAGCCAAACUCACCAGUUGAAAAGAUUAAAACUCCAGGACCCGCAAAGAAAAUGGUUGCUGUCAAUCUCGACAAGGGCUCAGAGUUCAGUCACCGGGACGAAGACGAAGGUUCAUCCCCAGACUCCGCACUAGAUGAAAGUACGCGGCCAUUACAGAGUAGAAGACGUCCAACAUUACAGGAAGUGAGAUUAAAAAAAUACUUUAACUCCGUGGAGUCCUCAUCGUGUGCAUCGUGUGACCACGUGAAAAUUUACUGCGUGCAGGAGACAGUCACGUGAUCGCACAAUAGCCUGUCACCAUACAGACCCUUACCGGACAAGAUCAAACUAGAUUACCAUCACAAGUCAAGUUUACAACACAAGACAGUUCUAAGAUAGGGUCUAUUUCUGUUUUUUAAGACGAGGCUUUAUGUAAAAUCUCAAAUAUGAGCUUUACUUUUAUCGAAAGAAAUUUCGGGAUAAAUCUGUAAUGGCGACGCUGGUUUUUCAGCAAGCUUCGGUUUAAAACGAAGGCAAAACUUAGCUCGUAAUGGCAUUGUCAAAAUGAGUCUUUUGUCGUCCGCUUUAAGAGCGUCAUGGUUUAGAGAAAUUUUCGGCGAUUCGAAGGAAUUAACACGUUAUUCCACACAACCUGGCGACUCCAAACCAAAGAAAUGAAUUAUUAGAGUAUUCAAAUUCGCUUUAAAAACAAACUCAAGAGUUAACAUAAAUUAUAAGAUUAUGAGCACGUAAUAAGCACACAACGUCAUUUUAAAAACGUAAAAUUAUUGUUAUUGGAGCGAGUUUAGUUCGUAUCAAUAUUAAUCCGAAAUUGUGGCUUCUUAACCAAUCAAAAAGCAACGCUGAAACUGAGCGCGACUUGGUUGGGCGUUUCCCGCGCCUUUACUGGUCACGUGAAUUUAAGCGAUUCCCAUUAGUCUUAUGUGUUGCCUCAACACGAGGUUUUGUCUUAGUGUUAGUGAAACGUCUUUCAAAAGCGGUCUGCUGCAAAGAAGCGAAACUAAAAAUGUGGAUUGAACGCUAAAAUGCUGAUAUUUAUCUUUCCAGUUGAAAUGUUAAUAAGACGUUAUCUUGUUAAGAGUAAAAUUAUUACUUUGGGAGAGUUAUCCUAGCUAUAAAGUAUAAAUACAUAUAUAUAUUAUAUAAAAAUGAUAAUCUUGUAUACGGAUCAUUUUAAGAUUUUCUCUUCAUUAAUGAGGACCAAGUGGCGACGUUUUCAUUGCCUUUUAAUACUCCACUGACUGGUUUGAAAUUCUUAAGUUAAUCUAAGGUUAAUCCAAAACAAUAAUUUUCGAUUUUGUCCAAUUAUUUUCUUUACAAUCAACUUACGGUUUUUUCAAAUUUAUAGAAAAUGUUUCUCCUCGGGAACGCAUGAAUACGAGUACGACGGUUGACAAACAAAGCAAAGUGUACCCCGGGUAAUAGUCCAUUUUACAGUUGUGUGCGUGGUUGCCAAACCUUUGAAUGGGAGUAAGGCUAGGGUUGACCUUGUUA